AAAAUACGUAUGCAUGCGAGCCAAAUGCUUGGCCGUGACUUCGUAGACAGUCCGCUACCUGUUGCAUCACUGGAGGAUUUGCAAGCAUUCGACCGGAAGAAGCACGAUGGUCCUUCCAAGGGAAACUUCCGCCUGCAAAUGACAGGAUCACUCAAAUCUCGAUGGAACAAACAGGCUGCUGGUGUAUUCGCAGAAAAUUUCAUGAGCAUCGGCGUCUCCGAUUGUCAAGAUAAAUCGAAGAUCGAAUGCAUGUUCGCCACCCAUCUUGCUACUCUGCGCUCACAAUAUAGAAGGCAAUUACGCGGUGGUGAAGAGCCUUCAGAAGUUGACAUUGAUAGAGAAAUUGAGGAAAAACGAGAGCAUAGGCGACGAGCUGUCAGUAUCGCGUUGCAAAUCACCAGUACAUGCAUACUCAUGAUUUUCGGACAGCUGCGGGAGCGGCGGUCAAAUGCUGUAGGUGCACAUUCACAUCUAGCACGAUUUCAAGACCUAUGGGAUAGGAUCCCUCAUACGGCCAUGAGCGGAGACGAAUCUGACCAUUCUCGAGGCAAGGUCAGAUAUGUCGUCACGAGAAUGAGCUGGCGGUCUGCAGAAUUCGAGACAUGGCUUAAGGUCUUUGAUUGGAUGCAUUUGUCCAGCAGGUUCACCGUGGAUGGCAAACCCAAACGUGGUGCAUUUCCCCGGUAUCGUCGUCGUGGUUCACGUAGAUGCGAUCAAUUUGGGAAGCCUGUCAGUGGGCUGCCUAGGAAUUGCUACGAUGCAAUAUGGUUAGCUGGCCUCGAUGAAGAAGAGCGACUGUCUCUGGAAAUUCAACCAGCCAUCGACUUAACGCACUCAGAAACGGUAAUGGCGUGCGUCAUUUCACGCAUUUCCAUCUUCUAA